AACCCACCCUUCCCUCCUAGGCAGCGUGGUCGAAUAGAGCAAAUCGACCUUUUCUCUAGAAGCUGCCAGACAAUUAGACGCCCAACACCAUGUCGUCAAACGAGGGAGUACACGAUGCCGAGAAGUCAACUGGCGAAUAUGCCGUCCACAACGACUACCCCCCCGGCACCAACCUCCACAUCCGGGGGAUAGAGACGGACCCCAACACGUCGCUGCACCGCGGCCUCAAGGCACGGCACAUCACCAUGAUUGCCAUCGGAGGCGCCCUUGGGACCGGUCUCAUUAUCGGCACUGGCAAGGCGCUGGCACAGGCCGGGCCGGGCUCGGUUUUCCUCUCGUACAGCAUUGUCGGCUUCCUCGUCUUCAUUGUCAUGUCUGCCUUGGGCGAGAUGGCCGCCUGGCUGCCCAUGUCGGCUGGUUUCACCGGUUACGCCUCGAGGUUCUGCGACCCCAGUCUGGGAUUUGCCCUGGGAUGGACGUAUUGGUUCAAGUACAUCAUCAUCACCCCGAACCAGCUGACUGCGGCAUCCCUGGUUGUCCAGUACUGGGUCGAUCGCGAUGUUGUCAACCCGGGUGUCUUUAUCGCCAUCUUGUUGGUCGUCAUCUGCUGCAUCAACUACUUCGGCGUCCGUUUCUUCGGCGAAUUCGAAUUCUGGCUGUCCAGUUUCAAGAUCAUCACCGUCGUCGGUGUUAUCCUCUUGACCUUCAUCCUUGCCCUGGGUGGUGGCCCCAACCACGACCGAACGGGCUUCCGGUACUGGCGUGAUCCUGGCGCCUUCAAGCCCUACAUCAUGAAGGGUGCUGCCGGUAACUUCCUUGCUUUCUGGUCGACCAUGGUGAUUGCCACUUUCGCCUACUUGGGCACGGAACUGGUUGGCGUGACCGUCGGCGAGGCACAGAAUCCUCGCAAGACGAUCCCCCGCGCCAUAAAGUUGACUUUCUUCCGCAUCGUCGUCUUCUACGUGAUCUCCGUCCUCCUUCUCGGCAUGGUCGUCAAGUAUGACGAUAAGCUACUCGUCUUCGCCAACGGCGCCUCGACGGGCGCCAACGCGUCUCCAUUUGUCGUCGCCAUCACCAUCGCGGGGAUUAAGGUCCUCCCCGACAUACUGAAUGCCUGCAUCCUGAUCUUUGUCUUCUCGGCUUCGAACUCGGAUCUGUACAUCGCAAGCCGCACCCUGUACGGGCUCGCCUCGGACGGCAAUGCGCCCGCCAUCUUCAAACGCGUCGACAAGAGGGGUGUGCCGAUCUACGCCCUGGGAUUCUCGGCAUGUUUCGCGCUGCUCGCUUUCAUGAACGUCAGCGACGACUCCAAGACCGUCUUUAGCUACUUCGUCAACCUGACCACCAUUUUUGGCAUCUUGACGUGGAUAUCCAUCUUGACGACCCACCUCUGGUUCCUCAGGGCCCGCAAGGCCCAGGGCAUCCCCAACUCGGCCAUGCCCUACGUCGCCCCCUUCGGCAUCUACGGCACCUACUUCGCGCUCGGCUUCUGCAUCCUCAUCGCGCUGACUAAGAACUUUGACGUCUUCGUCAUCUCCCUCAAGGGCCGCUUCGACUACCAGACCUUCAUCACCGGCUACAUCGGCAUCCCGCUCUACUUCAUCCUCCUCUUCGGCCACAAGUUCGUCACCAAGAGCAAGGGCGUCAAGCCGCACGAGGCCGACUUCUACACGGGGAAGGACAUCAUCGACCGCGAGGAGGAGGAGUUCCUGGCGGCCAAGAAGGCCAAGAUGGAGUCGACGGGUGCCGAGAACGGGAACUGGUUCUACAAGAGGUUCGUGUCGUGGUUGUUCUGAGUGGGGGACCUGGGGCCGUCGGAGAUUGUUGUAGAAUAUAGUAACGCAUGCUAUGAUUAAUGAAUCUUUGUCAACUGAACCUGAUGCUGUUUUCGUGGAAUGUCCCAUUGCCACUGUUACUGUGGACGUGCGAUCAGAAUUUUCGGGUCUGAACCAUGAUAACCCGGCACUAAUCUGGGG